AUGGGUUCCUCCGUCGUCACCGGCGCCCAGCAGCGCUAUCUCCGAGCAUGUAUGGUCUGCAGCAUCGUUCAAACACAAGCCAGAUUCAGCAAAGAAGGAUGUCCAAACUGCGAAUCCUUCCUCGGCCUUCAGAACUCCUCAGACUCAAUUCAAGACUGCACAUCACAAGUUUUUGAGGGUCUGAUCACUUUACAAGACCCCAGCACCAGCUGGGUUGCAAGGUGGCAGAGGUUGGAAGGCUAUGUACGCGGUAUCUAUGCUGUCAAGGUUGUCGGGACGCUGCCCGAUGAUGUCAAGCAGAAUUUGGAGGACGCCGGAGCGAGAUAUGUGCCUCGGGAUGGGACUACGGAGGAAGAGGAGGUGUAA